UCACACACAGCUUCCCCAUCUUUCACACGCACACACACACACACACACACCAGACAUCAAAUCAUCAGUCAGGUUAUUAAACUUUAGCAUCAGUAUGUCGAGUAAAGGGGAGGAGAGGAGAGACAACAAACUCCUGCAAACACCUGAGCAGAAAGUCUCCUUUACAAGACACAGACAGCUUUCACCAGGCCAUGGUCGUAAACUGGGGUUGAGCAGGAAACCACGGGACAGGAGGGGCUUUAUGGAAGAUGAGAAUCCAGAAGAGAAAGCACGAAGACAUAAGGAGCAGGAGCUCAAGCCCCUGUAUAAGGAACUGCUGUACACCAUCGCCCACAAGAUGGGCAAACCGUCGUUCUCAGAAGACUUCACAGAUGACCAACUUCAGCAGUACGUCAAGGAGGCUUUCUGUAUGACAGAGGCAGAGCACAAGAGUCUGAAGGAAAAAGUUCAGAGCACAGAGCCCCCAGUGUACUGUCUGAUGGCCACAGUAAAGGAAGCAAAGGGGAUUCUGGGAAAAGAUGUCAGUGGUUUCAGUGACCCUUACUGCCUGCUGACCAUACUGGAGGAUGAACAGGAGAAUAAGACUCGACUGUCUAGAGACAAACCCUGUAAGGCAGUAGUGAAGGAUGCAACAUCAAGAGACAAAAUCUGCCAGACGGACAUCAAGAAGCAAACGCUGAACCCAAUCUGGAACGAAACCUUCACACUAGAGUUUGGAGACAUGGCUGGUGCCAGUUUUCACCUGGAGAUGUGGGAUAAGGAUGAAGAGGUGUCACUCACACAGAAACUAGAGGAAAUCAAAAGCAAUUUUAACAGCUUGAGAAGGAUGAUCAAGGAGGCCAAAAAGGAGAAAGGCACAGAUGACUUUUUGGGGAACAUCAUCCUGAAAUUACAGGAUCUCCACUGUUCAGAAGAUAACUGGUACAACCUGGAGCCCAGAACAGAAACAUAUCCUGAUCGAGGCCAGUGUCACCUGAACCUUAAAUUCACCCAUAAAGAUAGAGAUGGGGUGCUCAGCUCUGGUCGCAGCGCCUACAUCAACUACUGUGGGAUCCUGCAGCAGUUUGUCCAAGCUUACAUCUCCAAGCAGCAGGGCUCUGGGCCGUGGAAGGGAGCGUUGUGUGGCGAGGCCCAGUCUCUGCUUGAACUUUAUGCCACACAGAAUGACCUCUCACCUUUUCUGCAGGACCUGGCGAAAUGGGUAGCUUACAGUAAACUGUAUCAGAAGCUGGAGGUGGACUCUUCUGUGCUGUUCCAGCAGCUCACCAGCAUCGAGUACCACUGGCAUCAGCAGCAGCUGCCUCAGCAGCAGAAACAGGAACUUGGAGACUCUCUUCAUGGUUUCCUGCAGUACGGCCUGUUUCUUGUGACCAAGUAUAGAGACAUCUAUCCUCCAGUUACCACUGCUACUCCCAAACUACACACACUGCUCAGGAUCCUGGUCCAGAUCUGUAAGACUCAAGCGUUUCAGAAACUAAACCCAGCUCAGUUCGAGUUGCAGGAGGAGAUCAGUGACGCCAUACAGACAGGUACACAGAACUGGUUUGCUGUUAAAAAGGGUUUGCAUCAACCAAUGACUCAGGACCUGUCCGAGACUGUGGACGCCCUCUCCAGGUUGAUUGGGGAGGUGCAGCAAGACAUUAUUCACAACAAGGACGUCUGGAACAGAGUAUUCGUAAGUGCUGUCCAGGUGGACGUCUUCACUGUCGUCUAUCAGACUUUUGACUCCCUGUUGGCAAACGAAGUCAAGGAAAUCUUAUCAAAGAUGGAGGGUCAGAUGGAGCAGCCUCUGGCAAACAGUCUGUUCCCGGUGUACCAGAGUCUGCAGGCCAUCCUCAAGGAGAAGGCCUUUUUACAGAGAAGGGGAUUCCUAAAACUGACAAACUAUCACGAGGGCUUCAGGGAGGCUUUGCCAUACUGGCUGAACAAGGUUUUCAGCACAACUCAAGACCGCGUGGAGCGGGCUGUACAGGUGGACCAGCUCCAGCCUCUGCAGUGCGGCUCCAUUACAAUCAAACACAGUUCCUCUGCCGUCGACCUGUUGGCGUGUAUCCAGCCCAUCUGCAGGCUGUGGGAGCAGCUGUCAUGGCCAGACCCUGAGGAAGCCUUCAUGCUCAUGGUUAAACUCACUGAGGAUGUGUGUAAGAUAGUGGUGAACUACUGUCACACCCUGAAGGAGAGGGUGAGGGUGCUGUCAGAGAACUCUGACCCUGGCAGUGCCAUCAACAUGUUGUGUGUGGUAGUGAACGACCUGGAGCACCUCAGAUCAGUCCUGACCAAACUCCCCACACAGCUGAACUGGGCUGGGCUCCGUGAUCGGACUCAGAACGUCAUCGGCGAAAGCCAGUUUAACAACACUCUGCCUUCGCAGCUUGAGCAAACCCAGAGCAUCCUCAGGCGAGAGAUCCACUCUGCACUGGACACUCUCGGGAAAAAGCUGAACACAGACAUUGAGAAUUACGUUAGAAGCAUGUCAACACGACGAAGGAUUCCGUCCAAGUCCACGGAGGACGCUGCAGCUCCGCUGAUGCAAUACCUGGAGCAAGAAUUAAAAUACAUGAAUGAAAACCUGGUUCAGGAGAACUUUAAUAGCCUCCUGACUCCCUUGUGGAACAACUCGGUGAAGAUCUUCCAGCAAGUGACCAAGCAGGAUUCACAUCAGGAAGGAUUCAUGGUGUUCUGCCAGAGGCUGCUGUACACACUGCAGUGUCUAGAGCAGUGUUUCCAUGCAGAGGGGAGUGGGCUUCCACUGACCUCCCUUCACUCUGAAGAGUAUAAGACUCUCAAAGCCCACCUGACCCACCACUCACUGAGCAGCCAGGAGCUCAUUCAGAAGUUCUACGACAGAAAAAUAAAGGAGCAGAAUGUGUUCAGCGGAGAGAAAUAUGGUGCAGUCACUCUCCUCACAUCCUACAGGAGGUCGGACCAAAGACUUCGGGUUGAGGUUCUGAACGCAGUGAACCUCUUACCCAUGGACUAUAACGGUUUCAGUGACCCCUUCGUGCAGCUGUGUCUGGAGCCUCAGCACAUCUUUCCUGAAGUAGAAACUCGCAGCACUCAGAUCAAACCAUGUGAUCUUAAUCCCCUCUUUGACGAAGCCUUUGAAUUUCUGGUGUCUCUGGAUCAGUGUCAGACCCCGGGGGCUUGUCUGGUGGUAACGGUUCUAGACCACGACAUCUUGAGGUCAGAUGACUUUCAAGGAGAAGCCUUCUUGAGUCUCAAGGCGAUACCAGGAGUUGGUGGAGCAAAGGAAGAUGAUGGACUCACAGUGACACCAGACAAGCCUCCUGCCCAGAUACGGCUUCCUCUGAUGCAUCCAAAGCCUAAUGAGGACAGUAUUCUGAGUCUCCUGGACUCCAGGAAAGGAGAGCGAGAAGCCCAGGCCUUCGUGAAGAAGCGAAGACAGAGAGAAAAGCAGUCGCUGGAAAGUUUGAAGCAGUGACAGACACAGAGAGACAAAGUCCUUAAUCCAAAAAUAUACAAUUUGUUUUAAUGAUCUGUACCAAAAACAAAGACGCAAACAAGAAAGUCCACUUAGAAGGAAACACUGUGUAAGAUGAGUUGUUUGUGUGUGUGUAUGUGUGUGUGUGUGUGUGUGUGUUUGUGU